AGCGUCUCAACUCAAGGUGUGCUGAGAACCCUCGUUCACACUGUUCAGGGCAUUAUAUGAGAUGAAAUCUGAGGAGUUAGAAAAAUCUGUCACCACAAGUGAAAUGAUCAUGUCUGAAGAGGAGAAUGAGGAAUGCUGGCAGAAACUAGAGAAUUACCGCGUCAAGCUGAUCUCUGUGAUUGACCCUAAUCGAAUAACCCCUUACCUCCGACAGUGUCAGGUCAUCAACAGCGAUGACGAAGAGCAAGUAUUCAAUGAUCCCAGCCUUGUGAUUCGGAAAAGGAAAGUAGGCAUGCUUCUCGACAUCCUGCAAAGGACUGGGUGUAAAGGUUAUGGGGCUUUCCUAGAGAGCCUGGAACUCUAUUACCCCCAUCUGUACAAGAAGAUCACUGGAUGUGAGCCUAGCCGAGUAUUCUCCAUGAUCAUUGAUACUGCUGGGGAAUCCAGCCUGACCCAGCUCCUCAUGAAUGAGAUGUUAAAGCUUCAACAGGUCAUCCAAGAAGAGAGACGGAAGUACAAGGAACAACAUGUACUUCUGUGUGAGAAAGAUGACAUUAUCCGACAGAUGCAGGUGAAGAAUAGCGAGCUGAAGAAGCACCAGGAGAGGGUCAUGAAGAUGAAGGAGGAGAGAGACAAUUUAAAUAAAGAGCUGAAGAAAUUUAAGGAUGAAAACUACGACUUAGCCAUGAGGUUUGCACGGCAGAGUGAAGAGAAGAAUGCUGCCUUAAUGAAGAAUAGGGACUUACAGCUGGAGAUAGAAAAGUUGAAACAUAAUUUGAUGAAGGCAGAAGAUGAUUGUAAAGUAGAGAGAAAGCAAACGUUGAAGUUGAAGAACGCUAUCGAGAAAAGACCGAGCCAAGAUGUCAUCUACGAGAUGCAGAGAGAGAACGCUCUUCUAAAGGCCAAAAUCCAGGAACUUGAAAAUCCGUUACAGGUUCCAAAAGAGGGAGCAGUGGAGAAGAUGUAUAUUCAGAUGCUGGAAGAUGAUCGAAUGCAAGCGUUGGAGCAACAUCAAGACCUGGUGAACAGUAUAUUUAACCUAAAGAUGAGUCUCCGGCAAACUGAAGACCUCAGGGACAAAUAUAUGGAAGAGAAAGAGGUUCUGGAACUACAGUGUACUACACUUAAGAAAGACUCCAAAAUGUAUAAAGAGCGUAUUGAAGCUAUUUUACAGCAGAUGGAGGAAGUGUGCCAAGAACGAGAUCAGGCCAUGGCUACAAGAGAACAAUUUCACACGCAAUAUUCCAAAAGUCUGAUUGAUAAGGAUCAGUACAGGAAACAACUGCGGGAGCUGGGAGAGAAAUGUGACGACCUGCAAAUUCAGCUUUACAGAAGGGAGGGGCAGUUUAUAGCUUUGGAAACCAAACUCAAAAGGAUGGAGCCACCCACACCGUCUUCUGAUUUAGAUGAUGCUUCAUCGCGGAGUUCUCAGGAAAUCAGCAUUAACAUUUGUGCAGAAGAAAGUCAGUCACAGCCUGAUUGCAAUGAACAGGCUGAGCAAUCAGGUACUACUGAUACUCUUGAAGACAGUUCACAUCUAUCAGAGAAUAUGCAAAGCCCGGUAAACGGUGACCAAGGACGGAGAAGGAUUAAAACCAGUUUCGAUGAUAAUCGCAGGAAGCGAGCGCUCAGAGCAAGGAACAGCUACUCAACUGAAUGCUAUACAAGCGGGAGUGAUACAGAUGGGACGCCAUAAAAGAGAAAGCAGAAUACCAUGUUGUAUUGAAUGCUGAAGUUGAUCAGUUGUGAUUAUUCGAAGGACCAGCAAAUCUUGGUCAGGGGAAAUCCUUGGAAGACCAUAACAGUGUUAUUAUCUAUUUACAUGACUGAUUUUCAUACUGAAAUUAGGGCUCUGUGUUCCUAAUUGAUGAUAAAAAAGCGAUUGAAGGUAGAAAAUGGGUUUCUAGACUAUUGUUUCUCAACUCCAGCCCUCAGGGCACACCAACAUGCCAGAUUUUCAUGAUAUCUGAGCUAGAGCACAGGUGAAAUAAUUAGCUCAUCAGUAACCGUGGUUACUAACCAGCUCUCACCCAUCAGCUAAUUAUGCCACCGGUGUUCUAGGGUACAGAUAUCAUGAAAAUCAGGCCAAUUGGUGUGCCCUAAGGACUAGAAUUGAGUUCAAGACUAUAAACACGAAACGCAAAAGUGGAGAGUAUAUGUUGUGAACCUUAUCUACUACUACCUAUUCCUAAAAUGAUUGAAAAAAAGGCAGCUGAAACAUUUAAAGGGACACUGAACCCAAUUUUUUUCUUCCGUGAUUCAGAUAGAGCAUGCAAUUUUAAGCAACUUUCCAAUUUACUCCUAUUAUCAAAUUUUCUUCAUUCUCUUGGUAUCUUUAUUUAAAAAGCAAGAAUGUAAGUUUAGAUGCUGGCCAUUUUUGGUGAACAACCUGGGUUGUUCUUGCUGAUUGGUGGAUAAAUUAACCCACCAAUAAACAAGUGCUGUCCAGGGUCUAAACCAAAAAUUGACUUUCUCCUUAGCUUAGAUGCCUUCUUUUUCAAAUAAAGAUAGCAAGAGAACGAAGAAAAAUUGAUAAUAGGAGUAAAUUAGAAAGUUGCUUAAAAUGGCAUGCGCUAUCUAAGUCAAGAAAAAAUGUUUUGGGUUCAGUGUCCCUUUAAGGUUUGAGGAGUGCUACAGUAAUGAUUGUUUUCCCCCCCAACAAUCACCUAGUCAUGGGUGCUAGGGGUGUAUAGAGGGGGAGUCACUGUUUUGAUGUUGAUGAGCCAUAAUUGUUUAAAUUAUGUGUAUUGUUUAUCAUACAAAUAUCUCCUGAUGAGCAGUUUAACACUGAUAUUGUUUUGCCCCAUCCUAUGCCCAAAGUUCCAUCCCUAUGAGAGAGUAGGGUUGCAAUUAUAAGAUUGGAGAAUGUUAGACAAUGAGACUUCCCUGAUGUCAAAUAUUGUGUUUAUAUUUUUUAUAUACACUUAUUUUUUUAUAUAAAAACAAAAUUACAAAAUUG